GGUCCAAUUCAACAGCGCCAAAGUCCAAGUCCCCUCUUUCUUCUUCUCCUCGUCAUUCUUCAUUUUGAGACCCCAAAAAAUAAAAUUGUGAAUGCAAAUUUUGGAGCGUUUAUGCGCUUUGGUUGGAAGAUGGAAUCAACCACUGAAACUAGCGGAGGUGUAUCAUCAACCCAAGCAGUUCUGCUCGGAGCUUUAGCUCCUGGUGUGAAUGGUCCUACUUGGAUUACCUUAAAGUUGACUUUUUUGAUGAUGGGUAUGUGUCUUGCUGUCAUGUUGGGAUUAGCAUUCUCUUCCAGUGAUUCACCCUUGCUGCUUCAUGUUACUUUCCUUGUUCUUAUUUGUGUUACCCUCUUCUUGCUCCUUAGCUGGUUUCUUGCACAAACUGGCCUAGUGACAGUUGAACAUCAAAUGCGCGAGAUGGGGUUAGUGCAAAAUGAUCAUUCAGAGACAACUAGAAAGAACCAAUAACUAAUUUACAGAAGUUGGGAAGGUUCUGUGGAUUCUUCUUUUAUCAUGGAAAUGCUUGAUAGAAUAGUUUUGGAUGAAUUCAAUGGACAGCAUCCUAAAUCUUACAAAAGAUUUUGCCCGGAAUAUAGAGGCUGAAGAUGUAGCUUGUGUUAAUGACUCUUGGCUUACUAAUCCUUAUGUUUCUCAUUCUUUGGUUUAAUGCAACAAAAACAUGAACAGCAAGGGAAGUGCAACAAGAACUUCAUAGCUCAUAGCCUAUAUAAUGUUGUAGCCUUGUUGUGUAAAUUAAUUAAUUAAUUAAUUUAUUAAUAAUAAGAUUUUUGUGUGUGUUA